AUGAUUUCGUCCAAAAUCCCCUCCCGUGGCCAGGGGACCGACGAAAGUCCCCAGCUCCAUUUGAUGCAGCCAAGAGAGUCAUGCACCGUUCUACCCACAACCGAGUCACAAAAGGCUCAUUCUGAAGCAGAUUCAUCUCAAUUUCGCCAAGAUCAUCUAGUGCGCUACGAUCUGGUUAACUCUACAAGCAAACAAAGAGACCGCCGGCCUGCGUCUGCCACUCUGAAAGAUUGGGGCUUGGAAACUGCUGGAAUAAUUGUAUCAGCUGUCAUUAUCAUUGCCAUUAUUGUCAUCCUUCGAAAGUACAAUGGGCGCCAACAACAGGAUUGGAAGCAUAUCUCCCUCAACUCUCUGGUUUCCUGGUUGAGCACCCUUGCCAAAGCUUGCGUGAUAUUCUCUGUCAGCCAAGGAAUUGGUCAAUUGAAAUGGGUCUGGUUUUCAAAACGCAGUCGACUAUUGUAUGAUCUAGAUGUGUUCGACUCGGCAAGCAGAGGGGCAACCGGAAGUGCGUUCCUUCUAUGGCUUGUGAAGGGACGAGAUACAGCCUUGCUUGGAAGUCUAGCUAUGGUUCUAGCCAUAGGGUUUGACCCUUUCAUCCAAAAUCUAGUGCAUUAUGUCCCAGGUAGCAUUGACAGCCCUUCUGAGAUCUCAUUGCUCGGAAGUACAUCAUUAUAUAACACAGUUGGGCCAUUGUCAGGAGGCGGUCUAUUUUACGUGGAUCCCAUUUUGAAGGCAAACGUGUAUAGCGCCUUGUUCAAUACAAACCCAGCGCAGCCAUGGGCGGUUCCACAAUAUACAUGUUCGACAGGAAACUGCACUUGGGCACCAAUGGCAACUGUGGAAAUCCGUGCCCUUUGCUCUAAUCUUACUUCGACUCUAAGCACGUCAUGCACCGAUGGGCCAGGGUUCACCAACUGCACUGUAUCAUUGAACAGCGGUGUCGCAUUAUGGUAUUUGACCGGCGGUGGCUUUGCCCGGCCUAUGGUCAUCAAUACAGUAUCUGGAAGCUCUAAGACCUUCUAUAAGAAUAGCACGUUCCCUGUUAUACAGUACAUUUUGGCAAUAGGGUCAAAUGACAACCCAGCCGUGGGUGGCGGAAUUUCUACCCAGAUUGGGAAAAGCACUCAGUUUGUUGCCACAGAGUGUGCCCUUCAACCAACCGUUAGAAGCUUUCAAUCGUCCGUUAUCAUGGGGGUUUACCAUGAAACACAGCUUGCAGAGUGGCCGGUGUUGAAUGACACAGUUGAGAAUCUCAGCUUCGCAUAUUCCUUCACACCUCCCUGGAAUGAGAGUUUGGGGGCAGAAGAAAGUCAAACUUUUGGUCUAGCCUUCGAGGCAUGGAAGUCACUCACUUUUUUCCUUAAUUACCUUUUCGCCGGCUAUGUAUCUGCAGCCUCUGAUAUUUUCAAUUUUGAUCCAUUGAACUUGGGGAGCUCAUAUGCUACGGCUGAUGCCUUGGAGGCCAUCUUCUAUGGCAAUUUUACUGGCACCAACUGCCAAGAUGCCGACCAACUGUCUUGCACUAUGAAGAAUGUUGCUGCUGCUAUGUCUAAAACUAUAAGGGACUCUGCAUUUACUUAUAGUACCAGUUACCAACCAACUGAGUUUACGAAGGCAAAAACUACUACUGGAAAAGCUCAGAUUUAUGCCUCAUUUGUGGACGUUCGCUGGGUGUGGCUCACUCUUCCAAUCAUUGUCUGGGUUCUGGGAGCACUAUCCUGCCUAUGUACCGCAUGGAUGACCCACCAGGCUCAUAUACAGACCUGGAUGAAUAGCGUUCUGCCUUUGCUCUUUCUUCACCUCCAUCGCGACAGUACCAUCGAUUUUCAGGGUGGCGGCGAUGAAAUUGUUGGAGUGCAGUUGAGAGAACAAACCAGGAACGAGAGUGAUGCCUCAAAGUGUUAUAGUCUGGUUGGCUGUGACAAUUCUUUAGAAGGAUGUAUCCGUAUAGCAAAAAGGGCCAAGGCAAAACUUCAGCCGGGCCCUUAG